AUGGAAGAUGAUGAUGAAGAUGAAGAUGUAGAUGGAGAUGAAGAUGAUGAAGAAGAAAAUGGAGAAGAUGAAGAAGAAGAGGAAGAAGAAGUAGAGGAAGAAGAAGAAAGCUUUUAAACUGAAUAAACAAAAGAGUGUAAUUGGGAUAAUUGCAAAAAAAAAGAUAAAUCAGAUCCGAAAGAUAUUUUAAUAUGUAAAGGAUGCUAAAAAAGUUUUCAUACCGAAUGUUGUGAUCCUCCUUUGGAAAAAAACAUUGUAAGAAAAUAUGAUUGGUUUUGUACUGAAUGUAAACUAUGCUUAAUAUGCAAAAAGAAUACAAAUGUAAUUUUAUGA